UUGUGCACCGUCAUCGUGAGCCGCGCCUAUCGAAACCACACAUGUAUGUCAAUGUAUUUGGACCUCAUUGGUACAGGAGUGAUCGAGACUAACUGAACAAAAUGUCUCCAAAAGUAGCAGUUGUAACUGGAAGCAACUCUGGAGUUGGUCUCGCCAUCGUCCGAGCUUUCUGCAAGCAUUUUGGUGAGAAUGGAGCAGUAUAUUUGACGGCAAGGAAUGAGGAGCGAGGAAUGCAGGCCGUAGAAGUCUUGAAGAAAGAAGGCCUUAAUCCUAGAUUCCAUCUCCUUGAUGUGGACGAUGUUAGCAGUAUGGAGAAGCUUCGAGAUGAUAUCAAGGCUGAACAAGGUGGUGUGGACAUCCUGGUCAACAAUGCAGGAAUCUUGUAUAAGGAUGAUAAACCUAUGGCAGAGCAAGCUGUCGGAUCAAUCAAAACCAACUACCAUGGUGUCCUUUUGAUGACUAAUACAUUCCUCCCUAUCAUCAGAGAUGGUGGAAGGAUUGUCCACCUAGCCAGCCUGGUUGCUGCCAGGACCUUCUACAACAUCAGCGAAGAACUGCAACAGCGCUUUCGUGAUGUUUCGACCGAGGAGGGCGUGACAGGCCUCAUGAAUGAAUUCAUUGAAGCAAUGAAAGAGGGAGAGCCAUGGACGAAGGGCUGGCUGGAUUUUUCUUACGGAACCAGCAAACUUGGAGUGGUGGCCCUCACCAAGGUGCAGGGUGAGAUGGUGAGGAAGGAUCCAAGCAAGAAAGAUGUUCUCAUCAAUUGUUGUUGUCCUGGCUACGUUGUGACAAACAUGACAGCUCACCACACCGGUGAUGAUGCCAAUAGUAGGAUCACCCCAGACCAGGGGGCAGACACACCUGUCUACCUGUCCCUCCUCCCGGCCGGGACCGCAGACAUCCAGGGUAGGUUUGUUUCCAAGAGAACGGUCAAGAAUUUCUUUGAGGAUGACAUCAGACCAGUCACAUUCAACUAAUCCGUUAUUGUUGCCUCCUUAUUCUACUAGGUCUUUCUCAAAAAUGUGUUUUUAUAUCCAUUAGAUAGACAACUUCGAUAGUGUUAUACGUGCAAAGACAUUUGAGCAGCAUAUGUUGUAAGUCCAAUUGUGUUACUUUGUGAAUUUUGAAUAGUCUGUUUGGUAUAUAUAGCUUGAAAUUGACAACUUUUUUGUGACCAAAGUUAUUAAUUUCCAUACAGUUGCAACUCAAUUUUCAAUAGUAAUUUAGAACAAGUUUUGUAUAGACCAAAGCGCUCAAAAAUUUGAAUUUUGGGCAUAUUUUUGUGUAUGCCCUCUAUUGUUGGAAAGUAAUAU